UAGACUCCAGCAGUAAGCAGAACAAUCGAGGGAGAUUUGGAGGAAACACCAAUUGCAUUAUUCGGUCGACUUACCACGAAUCCAGAGGCAAGCUGCAAGGCUUGGCUGUUGAUAAGCGGCGUUGUCUAAAUGAACGGCAGAAGAGAAAUUUCGCCCUCCAAAAUCAUGCUCACAAAGAAGUUUUUCCGAAUUUAUCGAAAUGUAGUGCGAAAAUUAAUGAGUCGUGCUUGUACAAGACUAAAACUGAAUCUCUAAACAAAUGCGUUUGGACCAACGAAUCACUUUUGACGAGCUUACCUCCGUCAGAAUCGAUUGAGAAUAGAACGCGACAACAAAAUCAAGAUCAUUACGAACAUUUUCAAGGUCCACUUCAAGUUUCACCAAUCAACCGAGAUGAGCAGUUGAACGAACAAAAUAUCAUGGCAUUACAAAAUAAGGGUUAUGAUCAACACCAAAUUCAGCAACCAGACGACCAAUUUUCUCGCCUGCCCCAGCAAGAGCCUCCUCGGUACAACCAGCAGUACAACCAGGAAUUCCUGCGGGCAGGCGAUACUAGUGCCACACAAAUCGAGCACAGAGGGAAUUAUGACUCUCAUCAAAGCAUAUUAGAAUACGAGACUCCGUUCAGAAGAAACUGUUUGCUCCCAAAAAAUUUCACUCCUGUCCACUUACGUUCGCUCGAAGAAACUGAAGCUGCUCAUGACCUACUUCAACUCGCCCAAUCGGCACCAGCUUUUCCGAAUGCCGUCAGCCUCGUUUUGAGUCCAAGCUACGAAGUGGCCUACGAUAGCGAACCGACGACUCCAGCACCUUCACCAACAGGGAGCAGUGAUGCCGAAAACGUGGCUCCACUUGACAGUUUGGAAGACGGCAGAGCGCGUAUAAAGUCUGAGCUGACAGGAUGCCCGCGCUAUACGUGUUCCGAGUGCGGCAAGCAGUACGCAACGUCGUCCAACCUCUCCCGACACAAGCAAACGCACCGCACCCUAGACUCAGGCAAUGCCCGCAGAUGUCAUGUGUGUGGCAAGGCUUAUGUGAGCAUGCCAGCUCUGGCGAUGCAUGUGCUCACUCAUAAUUUAAAUCACAAAUGUGGCGUGUGUGGCAAGGCCUUCUCUAGGCCGUGGCUCCUGCAAGGCCACAUGCGAUCUCACACUGGUGAGAAGCCUUUCGGUUGCGCGCAUUGCGGCAAGUCUUUUGCUGACCGCUCUAAUUUACGAGCUCACAUGCAAACUCAUUCGCAACUAAAAAACUUCAAGUGCAAAAGAUGCAAUAAAUCCUUUGCUUUGAAGUCUUAUCUUAACAAACACCACGAGUCUGCUUGCUACCGAGAAGGUUCUUGUGCAGACACGGCCGAUGCGAGCACAUGAUGACGCUUUCAAGACAAACUUUUGAACGUAAACCGUUUUGUUUCUUAGAGUAGUCCAUAGUUUACCCUAGUCCCAGAGAUUUUAGCAGCGUUAUAUUUGAAGUGCAGUGCUGCUUUAGUGAAAUGUGUCGUGAUGCUGAUCUGUGAUUUGAUGUUGUGCUAGAAUUCAUUUUUUGGUAAUUUUACAGUACUCUGAAAUUGUGAGAGACACGCGAGGCUGCUUAUCUAUAUAGCUUUGCUUCUCAGUCCUUUACCAUAGUGUUCCUUUAGUAAAGUUUUCGAUGUUAUUCAGACAUUACGUUUUAGAUAAUUUUGCUUUAGAACCUCUUUGUAAAUUGAAGUCUAAUUUACGCUAAUUCCAACCUGGCAUUGCAACACCUGAUUCAGAGAAGCUCAAGCAUCGCCGCCACAGUUGAAGUU